AUGGAUCCAGAGAGCGGUGCCUUCCAGCCCCGAGACGACUUCUGGCGCUUCCAAAACGAGAUGCUCCGGGUGCAGCAAAGCCAAACUGACCUGGCCGACCGCGUUUCUCGUCUGGAACGCAGGCACGAGGAGGACUCACGCCUGAAGAACGUCUGGGGGACCUCUUCGCCUUUCCCCUCGGUCUUGAGUGGGACCCCGCAGCAAGUUCCUCUCCAGCAGCCGACGGCGGAGCACUUUUCCAACUUCGACGACCACUCGAACAACCUCAUCGGCAACCUGCAGCUCGAUGCCGACGAUGAGCCCCGCCGUAUUGGAACUACAUCGCGCGCGAACAGCGUCCGCUUCGACGAGACUGCCAACCACGGCCACUGGGCACAUGCAUCCCGGUCAUCGCUGGACUUGAUACCCCGCACUGGCAGCGGCAUGGGCGGCCACGUCAUGAGCGAGCGGAGCUAUUCACAUAAGUCGGACGGGAGGCAAAGCUCCGCAGGCCAUUCAGUGCAUUCGAUGGCGUCUGGCCGCGCGAAUAGCCUGACUGGAUAUGGCCUCAACGAUCCCCCUGGGUUGGCUCCUGGCCUUUUCAUUCUGGGGUCGGUUCCUGCUAUCAUACGCUGUUGGCUCAAUACCAACUUCAAGCACGAUGCUUUGCUCUAUGCAGCCGUGUGCAGUGCCUCGUAUACCUCCUAUCUUGACCUCCGUCUGAUUGACCGGCUUGGCUUUCAGCAGCAGAUCACGGCCAGCAACGACGGUACCCGCAAGAUCAAACUGCCGGUUUACCUUCCAGAAGCCAUUCCUGUGUCAGCAUCGUCUCUCUCGAGCAGUCCAGCUCCGCAGCUUCCCUCCUUGACCGUGGAAUUCACAGUAGCGGAGAGAGAGGACGAUGACGGCGACAGCAAAGCCAUCCAGAUCUUCCUGGGAAGCGAUAUGUUGCGAGCACAUAAUGCAGAUAUCCUCUUCUCCUCCAAUAACUUGACCGUCUAUGACGACGACCGAUGCAAGCUUCGAAUACCACUGGUUCGACCAGAGGAUGAGCGUACCUUCAAAUCUCUAUACAUCACCAGUGGUCCUCAGGUGGGUACGGCGCCAGCGACAGCACCGAAAUCUGCCUCUGCAGCAUCGAUGGUGAGCACCUCGACUGGAGGUUCUGCUGACGACCGUCUUCCGGCUGCUGCCUCAAAGAUGAAUGGCGCUGUGACUACAGAGGGUUCUGAUGAUGGGUCAACAAGUCGGAGAAGCCUCGAACAGCGUCCCAGCCUCGGCAUCUCAACAAAUCGAUCCGAAUCCAAGGAAGGGCAAGAGCAGGCCCCGACUAGCGCGGCUCCGCGGUCCGGUCCCUCACCGGCUAUUUGGAGCAACUGGCGACGUGACACAGAGAAAGCCAGCUCCGGCUCCGUGGAUUGGGCCAACGUGGGUAAAACCCCAAGCUCGACCUACCAGCGCCGCGACACCGGAAUCAAGGUGCUGAAGCCCUCGAAACCGGGUGCUCGCACCCUGUCCACGUCUCUGUCGCAAAGCCCGUCUCCGGCCGCUACAGGGCAGUCGCGCUUCUUCGAUGACGGCAAGCGGAGAGAAAGCAACACAACGGAGGGUGAGGGCAGUGUGCCGCAACUGAAGAGGUCGAUCUCAGGGGAGAAGUCGAAAGAGAAUCCGCCCACUCUUGCGAAGACGAGGUCUACCAACCCGGUUGGGGGUGCGUCGGCAUUCGCAUGGUUGAACACUGGCGGUUCGAAGCCUUCGACCGCCGUCAUUUUCUUCACCCACACCGCCUGCGUGCUCCCACGCCCAUUGCAGCUGCCGCACAGACGCGUUGUCCGCCUGCUUCACAGUCCGAGCACGCAGUCCGCAGUCCGGCGGUGCAGUCACGCGUUUCCGCCCAGACGCUGCCCUUCUGCCUGGCCCUGGAGCUGCAUCGGCUCCAACGGCAGGCCCCCCAGCUUCAAGACGGCCUCUACAAAGAAGCGGAAGAUUGCGCUCUCCGAACCUCCCCACGAGCCCGACCGCGACGUGAGCACCGUUCCGCAUUCACCGGAUGACGGUGCGGCCAUAAGAUCCCCACGCUCCUCCCCGCUCCCGCCGUCCGCAGCCAUUCGCACCUCUGCGUCCCCGCCGCGCUACCUCCCCCCACACAUGCACGACGAAGUUUUCGAAGCAACGCAAGAGUCUGGUACUUCUUCUCGCGACUCCGCAACCGCCGCGAGCUCCCCGAGCGAGGCCUACGCCAACCUGACGCUCGACAGCGCCGACAUGGCAGACGCCGAGCGCCCACGCACCGCCGAACACCGCCCUCACCCGCGCGCCUCCUCACCCGCAAAGCGCCCACACUCUGACAUGGACGACACAGGCAACAUGGACCUCGACACGCCCACGUCCGCCCGUCGUGGCAGCGGCCAGUCGAGUCCCCGAGCUACGAAGCUGCUCCCCGCCGCGUCCACCCUACGCGCCACCUCCGUCGAAAUGGCCGAUGCUUCGUCGAACGGUGCCAGUGCGGCCAGCUCCGAGUCGGCCUCGGUCUCCAACGCAGAGUCGACCGCCACGAGCGUGUCGAUAACUCAGCUUGCGGACAAGCCCAGCCUGGAAGAGCAGGUGACCAAAGUGUUGGCUCUGUCCCGGAAUCCGCUGCAGGACCGCCAGGUGGGCUAUAUUGUCUCGCAAAAGUGGCUAGAACGCGUAUGGGCCCGGACGCCCCAGUACGCCAGCAAGCAGCGCGAGUUCAGCAAGUCAGCCACCGAGGGUGAGAUUGGCCCCGUGGACAACUCAGAUCUCGUCGACACAGGUGUGUAUUCAGAUGCAAGCAAUCCAAGGUGGAACCUGACCCCGCUAUCAGCCGCUCUCUCCGACGACCUGGCCGACCAGCAUGGCGAAGACUUUGUACCGCUACGGCCUUCUCUCCAGAUGGAGUACGAUUUCGAAAUCCUCCCAUCUGAGGCCUGGGACUUGAUUGUGAGUUGGUACGGCGUCAAGCAGGGCACUCCCGUCAUCCGGCGCUAUGUCCACAACACCGCCUUGGACAAGGAGUCGCAGAAUCUCCAAUACGAGUUGUUUCCCCCCAUAUUUACCGUUCGCAAGGUUCGCAAGACUACCCCAGCUACUCAGGAGGCGGCAAAGAAAAUGGUUGCGAGCAGGAGCGACAGUUUUGUGGAGUUCAUCAAAGCCGCAAAGCGGUCCACCGGCAUCGAUGUCAGCAACAAGGUCCGCGUAUGGCGAAUCCUCACCACACAGAAUGCCUCGGACCAAGCUUCUCAACAGCAGCAGCCUUCCGGAAUGUUGACUCCGGAAGCGUCGCCUCCUCCCGGCGCAUCUCUUCCCCUGGUAAUCGACGUCCCCAGCUUUACGCGUCUCGACAUCGGCAACGAGCGCGAGGAGGUCACCGGCAAGGACGAGAAGGCCAACGAGACCUUUAACGAGGACUUGACCCUGGCCGGGGCUGGCCUUGGCGACAACCAGGUGCUCGUUCUAGAGGAACACGACGAGAACGGGGAGUACAUUACCGGGGCUGCGUCAAAGGCUACUUCAAGGAACGGUGGCCUAAAGCCUGGUGUCAAGGGCACCAAGAGUACUCCUAACAGUGGCAGAAGCACUCCAGCGCCCAGCGGACCCAUGACCCGAGGGCGGACAAGAAGCGGUAGAACUCGUGGAACUGUCGGGUUGACGAAUUUGGGUAACACAUGUUAUAUGAACUCCGCGCUCCAGUGCAUACGCAGCGUGGAAGAGCUGGCUAUCUAUUUUCUCCAGGGACGCUACAGGGAAGAGAUCAACUCGGACAAUCCCCUUGGCCAUAAGGGACAAAUCGCAAAAGCUUAUGCAGGUCUGCUAGCCUCGAUCUACGACGAGCACGCCGUUUCUGCCUUUGCCCCGAAGAACUUCAAAUAUACACUCGGCCGUGAACAACCCAUCUUCUCGGGCUACGGACAGCAAGAUUCGCAGGAAUUCCUCAGCUUCCUCGUCGACGGCCUGCACGAGGAUCUGAACCGGAUUCGCAAGAAGCCGUAUACAGAGAAUCCCGAAUCGGACGAUAAUACCAUCAACGAUCCUGAAGCAAUCAAAGCCCUGGGCCAGAAGAUCCGCGACAUUCAUAAAUCGCGCAACGACUCUGUUGCCAUGGACCUGUUCAAUGGUUUCUACAAGAAUACCAUGGUCUGUCCUGAGUGCGACAAAGUCAGCAUUACUUUCGAUCCUUACAGCCUGCUUACGCUACAGCUCCCCAUUGAGCAAACCUGGCAACAUACUGUGAGGGUUGUCCCUCUUCGUGGAAAGAUCUGGGAUGUUGAAGUAGAUAUCGACAAGCACGCCACGAUUAAGAGUCUGAAGGAGUAUGUGGGCAAGCGCUUCGGCGUCAAGUGGAACCGCCUUAUGGCCUCCGAGGUUUAUAGCCACAAGUUCUACCGGCAUCUGGAAGAUAAGAACACUAUUGCGGAGAGCAACAUUGGUCAGCGCGAUGAAAUCUAUUUCUACGAGCUCGACGAGGUUCCGAGCAAUUGGCCUCCGCCAAAGAAGAAGAAGCGGUAUACCAUGCUGCUCAAUGCUUCUUCCGACGAAGAUAUCCCAGAUUCCACGUCACCACGGCAUGACAGGGUCGUAAUACCCAUCUUUCACCGCAGCCCAAACACAUCCUCGUACCGGGCCCAACAGUGGACACUACAGCUGUGGCCGUCAUACAUUGUGCUCAAUCGGGAGGAGGCGAAGGACUACGACACUAUCUUCAGAAAAGUGCUGGGCAAAGUCGGGCAAAUGACAACCCGCGACAUCUUCUCCGAAAGCAACGGCACUUCCCUGUCGCAGUCUCGCUCUGGCUCUGAUGUUGUGCUUACCACGGAAGAGGAUGCAUCGCCUAAUGGCGAUCCGCUCGUCCAGGACGGUUCUGUGGAAGGCGAGGAUAACAUGGUGGAGGUCACAAUGACGGAGCCUGCAGAGACUCCCGCUAAUGCUUCUUCUGAUGACGACGACGUCCCAGACUUACUUCGACCUGGUAGUUUCAUUCCACCCGAGUUUAAGCAGCUCUUCGAGAUGAAGCAUACCCGCGUAAGCAAAGAGUACGUCACUACCGGAUGGAGUACGAUCGAUGCCAACAAGACAUACGAACCCAUUGCAAAACGCAUUCGCGUCCCAUCCUCUCGAGAGUCAUCGGAGCAGUCGUUUGGGGCAUCCAGCAAUCCGUCGUCUAGUGACGAGGAUGAAGCACCUCAGUUUUCCGCCGACCCCCAAAGCUCAAUCGAAGUUGCGAAUCAGAGCAGCGACGAGGAGAUGCAGUCUAUUGAGACACCUGCAGUUUCCCGGGGCGGCCGACAAAAGAACAAGCCCAAGAAAAUGAACAAGCAGGAGAGGAAGCAUCGACGGAACAAGAACCUCAAGACGUACUCCAAGAAGGGGAAGGAUCGGUACCUGGAGCAACCUUCUCAGUCUUAUUCAGACCCCGAAUCGGAUGAGGAUGAGAGGUUGAUCAAGAUGGGUGAAGCUAUUGUGCUUGAGUGGAACCAAGACGCUUACGAUGCCCUCUUCGAAGGUAGAGACGUCGACGACCAACGCGGCAUGGACAUCCUGAAGUUCACAGAAACCCUUGAGGACGAAGAACUGCAAGCGAGAAAAGCCAAGCGAGCUGCUCGACGGAAGCAUGGCAUCACGCUAGAAGAGUGCUUUGCCGAAACAUCAAAGAGCGAAGUUCUUUCCGAGGAUAAUGCCUGGUACUGCAACCGAUGCAAGGAGCUCCGUCGCGCCACCAAGACUCUAGAGAUCUGGACUGCGCCUGAUAUCCUCGUCGUUCAUCUAAAGCGUUUCUCCUCUCAUCGCGCGUUCCGAGACAAGGUCGACGCUCUUGUCGAUUUCCCUGUUGAGGGCUUGGAUCUGGCUGGUAAGGUCGGCUUGCCUGAAGACAAGGAGUUGGUCUACGAUCUCUUCGCUGUAGACAAUCACUACGGCGGCCUCGGAGGAGGCCACUACACUGCCUUUGCCCGAAACUUCUUUGACGGGCAGUGGUAUGAGUACAAUGAUUCCAGCGUCCACAAGAAAUCCAACCCCGACAGCGUCGUUACGUCAGCCGCCUAUCUUCUCUUCUACCGCCGCCGCUCGUCUGUCCCUUUAGGCCCACCGGCGCUCCAGGAAAUCGUCAACGCAUGGCGCAAUCCCGACUAUGACGGCGCUGAAGACUCAGAAGAAGUCAACUCCCGUAACCCGUCACCGGCGGGAAACGGCUCGCGCCUCGGCGACUCGUCCCAUGGGUCGUCGAGCGCUUUCGCAGUCGGAGCGGGAGCCGGAGUCCUGCGCGGGGGUGGUUCGGGCGCAGCCGGGAGCCUAGCGCUGAAAGGAGCCGUAGCCGAGACUCAGGACGAUGACAUGGACGACCCGCCGCCGUACGAUGAGGGCUAUGCCGACGAUGAUGAGGAUCCGAUGAGACAGGGGCCUGUGGAUAUUGCGUCCAUGUAUGCGCCACUGCAUAACCCCGUUUGGGAUUUCUCAGCCGUGGGUGUAGGGAGAAACGAUACUACCGAUGUUUUUGACGAUGAUGCCGCGAGCGACGCGCCGAAUAUGGGGUCGAGGGUUGGCGAGGACCUAGACAAUCGGAUGCUUGAGGACUUUGGCGAUGACGACCUUCCAGCACCCGGGAUGAGCACGCCGCUUGAAGAAGAGGUGCCGGCGCUUUUGGGAGGUGAGGAUGGAGAUGAAGAAGUUGCUGAGAUCCAUGUAAAGGCGGACUAG